AUGCACCCGCAUCUCCUCUCACAGUCCACCGCGAAUGUCCCCACCAUGGGAUUUCGCCCAGCUGGCCGCGGGCCCGCUGCCCUGGCAAGUAUGCCACAACACUCUUCAUUGACGAAGUUCUCUCGACGGCUGCAGGCACGGCCAGCCACUACAUCGAUCUCGCCUCGAAGUGUAGCGACAAAGGUGAGAGGGAGCCGAGAAAAUACGCCGCUUAAGCAGAGAGUGCUGGCUGAAUGCCGCACCCUUGCCACCCCGCACCGACGAACGAAUGGAUCGCCAGCUGCUAUUCCACGCGGCAGCGAUGCACCUCGCGUGCACGUGAGAAUAAAUACCGCCGUGCCCGUGGCCCGUCGCUGCAUGUCGUCCCUCCCUAGAACAACACGAAGGAUGGCCAUAGCGCAUCCACGUCGCUCCUCAUCUGUGGCGACGCCGCUGUCGAAGAAGUCGCGGUCGCCCAGCCGAGCCACACCCCGCUCUGUUUCUCGACUCACUACGCGCCCCCCGCAGGUGCCGCCUAACACACGUUGUUGUGCCAGCACACUGACAAAUGCUAAGCAGCAGCAUCGGCCCUCUGCGUCACGCCACAUCGCUAACGCACCCUCUGCUACCGUCUCCAACACCUGUAUUCCACGGCCGCGGCACGCGAGCACCGACGCAGGCUUUGGGGGGCAUGCCAACGAGCCUUUUGCCACGUACGCGUGGUUGCCCUCCUCGCUGGCGUCGCGAGAAAACGUGGAGCCACUCAGCGCUAUGCCCAUGCCAUCAUCUGCGUUUAAUCGCUCCUCUGCUGCGCCGUCUACUCGCAGCGCGACCCCACCAACCAUCUCUGCAGCAACGCUAAGGAACGUGUGCGGUGCUGUCCAGCCUACGUCCACACCAUUGCAAGUGCACGCGGCGCAUCGCUGCAAGUUGCAUCCCGGGCUGACCUGUUCACUGCGGGCCGCCAGCUCUAUCGAGCCUGCCUUCUUGGUCCACGAGAUUCCGCCCGCAUCAGCCCUGGUCCUGCCAGACUCCAGUGACGCCCAACUACGGCAACUCUUCGCAACGCUCUUCGUGCGCACCACCGACUCGACGUGGUCGCUUCACCGACAUAUUCUACCCUUCCUGGCGGCUCGCCAGAACUGCAUCAUGCCUGUUUCGCCGUCGCAGGUGGCUGCGUUUGUUGGGUUCACUGACCACAGCGACGGAGGGGUGCAGGUGAAGGAGCGCACCGGUGUGGCUGGUGACACCCAUAACGAGCGCAGCCUAUGUGAUGGGCCGCGGACCACCAAGGCCAUGAGCCGCUUUGCUUCGCAGCUAUGCUACUGGUUCGUGUACGUGGGUGUCCUAGGGAGCAGUGAAGCAAUUCACUGGGACACCUUGCUGAUGCCCUUGGAAAGCACCUCAGCUCCCUCUCGCAGGUCAUUUUUAUGGGGUAAUGACACUGCUGGUAGCACCGCAGCUGCACGAGCACCCAUGACACGAAGCAAUAGCCCCUCUGUCCAUCCUGCCACUCCCGAGAAGCAGCCCUGCUACCGCGCACCGCACCAAUCACGCUCCAACUUCCCGGCCGUAUCGUCACCGACGCAGUGUGUCGGCACCGUCACGGAAGUGCCGAUCCAGUGCCAGCACCGGCGCAUGCCAGAUGACGGGGACGAGGACGAUGAAGAGAACAGCCCAACGAGCACCAUGCUGUGGCACACCGAUCAGCUGGACAACUCGACUUUGGGCUUCGCCGCCACCUCGCCAGUCGCAUCCGUGGAGUUCCGCUCCGUUGUCAAAGUGCCACCGGUAGUGCAAGAAGUGGUGUUCGUGCGCGGCUACAAAGUCCUACAAGCCCUGCUGGCCAAUCGCGAGGCACAACUGGCACACAUGAAAGAGGGCCCCAUGGCGGUUCUCUUACGGGCCAUCGGUACCGCCACUGGGGCUGACAAGCGCACAAGCACCAACCUCGAGCAGAGCGCACACUGCCUUGCCGAGCCGCACCCGUCUGUUAUUCGCACGGUGUACCGCCGCGUGCGCUUCUACCUUCGCCUGCACGCCUUUGUGCGUGAGCUCUGCGUGUAUCUGCGCGCGCACCAGGCACGGCCGUGGCAACGGGAGUCGUACAUUCUUGAAUCUGUCGUUUCCUCACGUCUGCGAGUCACGGCGAGUUUUGCCAGUGUUGACGCGCGCAUGGCCGGGAAGGCAAAGAUGAGUGCCAUCGCGGAAACGAGCACAGGUGGUGGUGGCAGGUGGAAGCCAGUUCGCGACGCACUUGUGAAAGGGGUGUUGUGCGCAGCACUCCAUGCCGCCCCCACCCGCGUCUCCGCUAACUCCCUUCAAACGCUACUCGUUCUGCAGCAUGCGGACGCCACACGAGUGGUGCUGCGAGCUGCUGAAGUUAUUCGCCGCGACGUCACCGGUGAAGGACUGCCGCACGCAUCGAAUGCAGUAGUCGCCUCGUCCUCCUUUCCUUCCUCCCACUCCUGUGAGGUCUCCACAUCUGAAGGCACGACAAGUUCACGUUUGCCUGUGCAGUUGCUUCGUAUCUUUCCGUUGCCGCGCUGGAGCUCCUUGGCGCAACCGGGCACGGCGUCGCCGAAACACGCAACGUCGUUCGACCUGGUUGCCUCAUGGGCAUUUGGCUUUGCGCUCGCCUUGGCGGUUCUAAGCAAUUUCCUCUUCAUCUUUGGUGCUCAGCUUGUCUGGACGUUGUGGUGGACAACCUCUCGAGAAGCCAGUGCCAACGGCGACACUGCACAGCAUCUCCACGUGUUGCACCGUACCUGGAUGCUCAGUUUCGUGAAAGAGUGCUCGAUAAUUCUGCUGCUACUCGCUUGCACUGCACGAGUGGCCCACCGCGCCGGAGAAGUGGUUGCUUCUAUUGAAGUGACGCACGCCGUCGUGACUGCUCAGAGUGCGGCUCUCACGCGUGCGUCGGAGGGCUGGCUGCAGGUGGCAUGGGCCCUGCACUCCGGCAACACCGUCGCUGCGCACGCGGUGCAACGCUGCAUGGACCGUCUUCGGCUGGUAGGCAAUGCAAUCGACGACUUCGAGGCAGCCCGGCUUGGUCUGCGACACGCGCUCUCAUGCGGCAUGUGGUCUCGGUAUUGGUUCGUAGUCUUCAUGGCUGCCUUAGUUACUUGCACAAUAAAGAUGUCGCUGCACCUCGGCCAGUACGUAGAACUCACCGCUGUUGUGAUGCUUGCAUGGGGGACGAGCGUGGCACGUGUCUGUGAAACCCGUCAGCAACGACGGCGCGCACUGGCCUGGUGGCUCUAUUGUCAAGCGACCACCGCGGAGAGUUUUGCGGAGGAUCUUCUGCGUACAGCGGGCGACCGGUGUAGCGAAGCGCUGUUCAGUGGGACAGCCGCCGAUGAGAAAGGUGGAUCAGCUGCGCGAGGGCCUCUGUCAUCUAAUUGUGCUUCCCUCCCAACGCUCUGCACGAUAUCGCUGCCAGUGUUGGAAGAGCUGGCAAAAGUCGCUUGUCUGGUGGAGUGGAGUGAAGGGCGCCUGCUGCCAAGAUAUCAGGGGUCCCACGGUACUAGCCCUGCGAAUCUCGCGGAGCUGACGACGCAGUGGUUCUGGGAGCAGCUGUGCGGCCGCGCCGCUCCAACGUACUCGAAGGGCGUGUCCUCUGUGGCUGUUGUGGAGACUACGAUGUGGGCAUGCCGCCGCUCACUCGAAGCCGAGCAGCGGCAGCGCGGUGCAGCUUCCCUACCCGUAGCGGAGGCGGUGGCCUACGUGUUGCCGUGGGCACUCGACUACGAGAAGGCACUGCCACCGCUGACCGGCGCACUGGAGGGGUGUCACGACUACCAGGUAAGCGAAGCACUUGCACCCUUUGCCGCGGCCGCAUCCAGGGAUGCCAGCGCUGCCGCCCACGUUCCACCCCAUCGAUCCUUCUCCCCUCUGUCCUCUCACAUAUUUCAAGAGAACAGUGCAAUGGACGCCUCCCUCCCUCUCGAUGUGGAGCUUCGGCGGCUCCCGUACCUAUCACAGCUGCAGGGCCGCCUCGUCGUGUGCACCGCAUUCGUGCUCGCCUCGCUGAGAGCAGCUCCGCGUGCGAUGAGUGAGGCAGUUGGCGGCUGCUCAGCUUCCUUCUCCACCUACAUGGGAGAGCGGACGUUUACCCUCCUGGUGUACCUCGUCCAUAGCCAGCUGUACGUGACGCCAUCGCUGUGGUGCACGAAAGGCUCUGAAAGAGCCUCGGCGGCGCGGUGGCGUCAGGCGGCAACUCGCACGCGAGAUACCUUGCAGCUCCUCCAGCGAGUCACACUACUGGCUCAGCAACGUGACGUGCGAGACCCUCCUGCAGGUCGUGCGUACGCAACGGUGCUGCCCUCGGUGCUGCACGCACUCUUCCGUUAA